AUGUUUGAAGAGAAGCUUCUCAUUGGGCAGCCUGGAGCACCCGGACGUCCAGGUAAUGAUGCUACCUCCACCUACGCUCCCAUCAACUGCCCCGGUCCCAGCAGAGAUUGCAUUCAGUGUCCAGCUGGUCCUCCAGGACCACCAGGACCGAGUGGAGCUCCUGGAAAUAGGGGACCCAAUGGAAAUCCAGGACGUCCAGGGGGACCUGGUAAUGCUGGUAGACCAGGUCCUCCUGGUCCUCCUGGAGAUGCUGGAGCACCAGGAAGACCAGGAUCAGCUGGAUCGCCUGGGCAGCCUGGAAGACCUGGCACUACUGGAAGAGGUACCCCUGGAAGACCCGGACCAGCUGGACCUAUUGGAGCUCCAGGAAAUGCAGGAGGCCCAGGAAGAGCUGGAGCUCCUGGAAACCCCGGCAGACCUGGGCCAGCUGGACAGCCUGGCGGACGCGGACAGCCAGGAAAUAAUGGACGACCUGGAAAUCGUGGAAACCCGGCAGGUCCAGGAGGUGAUGCUGCAUACUGCCCCUGCCCACCCAGUUAUCGUGCUCGUGUAUGA